AUGUGUGACCAGACGUUCGUGGCGGUCACUUUUGGCCCCUGCGACAGCUGCACGAAAAACAGUCCUCUGAUGAACAUCUACAUCAAGACUGAGGCCAUCAACUACUGCUCCUUCUGUGUGGAAGCGGUGAGUCAUGUGCACCAGGUGGCUGAGAAGACUGAGGUGCUGGGUGCUCUAUCCAUAAAGACCAGACGUAUACUGAAGGGUCAUGGGAACAAGGUGCUUUGUAUGGACUGGUGCAAAGACAAACGUCGUCUCGUCAGCUCCUCACAGGAUGGAAAAGUGAUUGUGUGGGAUGCAUACACUCUUAAUAAGGAGCAUGGGGUGACCCUGCCGUGUACGUGGGUACUGGCGUGUGCAUAUGCUCCCUCAGGUUGUGCUGUGGCAUGUGGUGGACUGGAUAACAAGUGCUCAGUCAUCCCGCUGUCACUGGACAAAAAUGAGAACUUGGCUGCGAAGAAGAAGUCGGUUGCCAUGCACACCAACUACGUAUCAGGCUGCACCUUCACCAACUCUGACAUGCAGAUGCUGACCUCCAGUGGUGAUGGCACAUGUGCCUUGUGGGAUGUGGAGAGCGGGCAGCUGCUGCAGAGUUUCCAUGGUCACACAGCUGAUGUCUUGUCCCUGGACCUUGCCCCGUCUGAAACUGGAAACACUUUUGUGUCUGGGGGCAGUGAUAAGAAGGCCAACGUGUGGGAUAUGCGCUCUGGACAGAACAUUCAGUCUUUUGAGAGCCACGAGUCCGACAUCAACUGUGUAAAGUACUACCCCAGUGGAGAUGCAUUUGCUUCUGCUUCUGACGAUGCCACUUGUCGUUUCUAUGAUCUACGAGCUGACCGUGAAGUCGCUGUUUACCAGAAGGACAGCAUCGUAUUCGGUGCUUCCACUGUGGACUUCUCUUUGAGUGGCCGCCUCCUUUUCGCUGGUUACAACGAUUAUACCAUCAAUGUGUGGGACGUUCUGAAGGGAACUCGUGUUUCCAUCCUGUUUGGUCAUGAGAAUCGCGUCAGCAGACUCAGAUUGUCACCUGACGGCACUUCCGUCUGCUCGGCGUCAUGGGACAACACCUUACGGAUUUGGGCCUAGUGUUCGCACGACGGUUGUGAUCGAGCAAAGAACACCAGCGUUAUGUGACUGCCAACACUGCAAAUCCCCGCUGGACAUCAACACACAGAGAAUAUGUCUCUUUAUAAUAACUGUGGGGUCGUUAUUCAUUUGAACAAUCGCCUCAUCGAGUUCAGAUUUCUAAUCGUUGUUCUUGAUAGCUUGAUGACUGUAUAAUUAAUUAUGAGAGUUGUUUAUAUAGUGGGAGAUAAUUGUCAGUGUAAAGAAGUGAAACAAGCUGUAGAAAUCAGCUCUGCUGUGUAGACGCACACAGUGAAGCUGCUGAUUGUCCUGUAAAUUCUACACUCUCCUGUCAGCCCUCCUGAGAGAACCACACCUAUCCUGAAUAAUACUGAAAUACUGGUAUUACUGUUGUUACUGCUGCCCUGAUUAUCCUUAAAUAUAGUCUACUGCUUUUCUUAUUUUAAAAAUACUUAAACCUCAGCAGUUUCUUGUGAGAGUAAU